GUCCGAUUAUUUCCACCUCCUACCGUCCUACGUGGCAGCCACCCAUAUUACCCCACCCUCAUUUUGUUUUCUAUAAAUAAAGGCAGUUUAUUACCUUGAGUAUGUCAAACCCAAACAACUACAGAUAAAAUUAUCAGUCCACCACCACAUAAACUAACAAAACAACCUUCUCUCUCCUCAAAGUUUAACCAGAGUUAAGAAGAAGAAAAUGGCCCCAGAAGUAGUGAAGAGUGUUGUUGAAUCAUUAACGAGUUAUACAACAAAACCACUGAGUCGACCCAGUAGAGCAUACGUGACGUUCUUAGCUGGAAAUGGUGAUUAUGUGAAAGGUGUAGUGGGUUUAAUGAAAGGUUUAAGAAAAGUUAAGACUAUUUACCCUUUAAUUGUAGCAGUACUCCCUGAUGUUCCUGAGGAUCAUCGUAAGAUAUUAGUGUCUCAGGGAUGUAUUGUUAGGGAGAUUGAACCUGUUUAUCCACCUGAGAAUAAUACUCAGUUUGCUCAUGCUUAUUACGUUAUCAACUAUUCUAAGCUCCGUAUUUGGGAGUUUGUGGAGUACGAGAAGUUGAUAUAUUUGGAUGGAGAUAUUCAAGUGUAUGAAAACAUAGACCAUCUAUUUGAUCUGCCGAAUGAGUAUUUCUAUGCUGUGAUGGACUGCUUUUGUGAGGCCUCAUGGAGCAAAACUCCUCAAUAUAAGAUCGGAUACUGCCAGCAGUGCCCUGAGAAGGUCCAGUGGCCGACCGCCGAGCUCGGCCCACCUCCGUCAAUCUAUUUCAACGCCGGAUUCUUUGUGUAUGAGCCAAGUAUUUCUACUUACCAUGAUAUCCUCAAGACCCUUAAAGAAAUACCUCCUACUUCCUUUGCCGAGCAGGAUUUCUUGAACAUGUACUUCAACGACAAAUUCAAGCCACUACCAAUAGACUACAACCUAGUGCUGGCGUUCCUAUGGAGACACCCAGAGAAGGUGGACUUGAACAAGGUGAAAGUGGUUCACUAUUGCGCGGCCGGUUCGAAGCCAUGGAGGUACACAGGAGAAGAAGAGAAUAUGGACAGGGAAGACAUAAAGAUGUUGGUGAAGAAGUGGUGGGAUAUCUACAAUGAUCCUUGUUUGGACUAUAACCCUGUUGCUGAUCCUCCUACUGAAGCUACUGCUGCUGUUGAUAUGAAGCCUUUUAGAGAAGCUUUGUCUAAAGCUGGUGCACUUAAUUAUGUUACUGCUCCUUCUGCUGCUUAGGCCUUAAGAGUAAUUAAUUGACGAGGGACUUUAUCUUAUCUUUUUAAAUUUUGUUUAGGGUUCCCUUUCAGGUACCUUUUCCUGAUUGUGUGAGCAGAUUGGAAAUUGGGAUAAUUCCCUUUUUCCAUAUUAAGAAAAAAAAUUGAGUGUUAUUGUUUAUAUGCUUGGGAUAUUAUUGAGAGUGUAAUUCUACUGUGAUGUUUUUUUUUUUCGCUUUUGUAAUAUAUACUUAUUUUGGAAAUAAAGUGAAAGAUUAGUCCAAUUGUAUAUAUUGGUAUUUUCUUGUA